GUCAAUACUAGUCGGCACUGUGAACAUAGCUUAGUGUCCAGGCGCGUAUAGUAACCCGCACCGACGCUCUCGUAUACUGGAGCUACCUGUGUGCAUUUUCCCCGUCUGCAACCGAGCCUGUGAUCGGGUGGGAAGGAGUUCAAAUUACCGUUAUUUCCCAAAAGCAACGGUACACUAAGAGCGGACAACUACGCGACAGGGAAUAGGGAGCGCGAAACUGCAACUUCUGCUUAGUGUUUGUUGAAUAUCCCGUCUGAAUAGAUCAUCGGGAAAAAGAGAAAAAUACAUAUUUUAAAUACAGACCUUCUGUUUUUGUGCUGGUGAGGAUUGUAUGUUCGCACUUUCCAGUGGAAGACUAUGGCGAGAGACUACGCUGGAAAAUGCCUCGACUUUAGGAAGAACUGUGGGCUGUCUAUAGGGUUAAUUAUCUUCAUAAUUGGAGAUGUGACAGGCCAGCAUGUGAAGGUGGCGGAGGAGGUGGAGUCGUACCCAGGACAGAUGGUGGAACUGGGCUGCCAGUUCAUGGGCACUGGGGGAAUAGAGCUGACCCAGGUGUCCUGGAUCUGGGAGCCGAAGGAGGGCCAGCGGGAGAACAUCGCCGUGUACCACCCGCAGUUCGGAGCGAGCUACCCCGACUCCGCGCUCAAGGGCCGGGUGAGCUUCCUCCACAGCUCCCUGGACAACCCCUCCAUCCAGAUCACCGGCGUCCGCAUGACCGACGAGGGGAAGUACGUCUGCGAGUACGCCACCUACCCCAGCGGCAACGAGCAGGGCACCACCACCCUCGUCAUGCUGGCCAAACCCAGGAACACGGCGUCGGCCGUCACGGUGACCGAGGGCGCGGCCCCGGUGGUGGUGGCCCACUGCGAGUCGGCGGACGGACGGCCCGGCGCGCACAUCUCCUGGGAGACGGAGGCCCCGGGCGAGGAGUCCAGCAGCUCCAGGGCGGGCGCGGAGAACACGGUGACGGUGGUGAGCGAGUACCGCCUGGUGCCCACCGCCAAGGACGACGGCAAGGACAUCACCUGCGUCAUCACCCACCGCACACAGGGGGCGCCGGAGAGCCUGCCCAUGAAGCUGUCCAUCGAGUAUCUCCCUCAGGUGAGGAUUGAGGGCUAUGACAGUGACUGGUACAGGGGUCGCACAGAUGCUACCCUGGUCUGUUUGGCCACUGGGAACCCUGAGCCAACCAACAUCACCUGGACUGUUGUGUCGGGGCCCAUGCCGGACUCGGUCCAGAUCCGGGAGAACACGUUGACCGUCCGGCACGUGGACGAAGCGGUCAACACCACCUUCACCUGCGAGGCGCAGAACCGGCUGGGAGCCAGCAAGCACCAGGUCACCACGUUCAUCACGGAGCCUCGGGUCAGCCCCUCCAACGCAGGCCUGGUGGCGGGCGUGGUCGUGGGCGGUCUCCUGGGCCUGUUGCUGCUGGGGGCCCUGUCCGCCGCGCUGGUCGCCCGGAACCGCCGGAACCGCCGGGGUUACCGGGCCAACGGCGCCCAAGUGUCCUUCGGGGGCAAGAAAGCCAGCAAGAACGGGGCGGGAGGCGGCGGGGGCAGCAACAACAACGGGCCGGGCUACACGUACGGAGAGGGGGCGCCGGGCGCCUUGACAGAGAAGGCCGGGGACCUGCAGCAGUACGGCUCCACGCCCACCGCCCACGACAUCCUGCUGAGCUGCGAGUUGGACGAGGCGGAGCGCAGGAAGUUCGACCGGCCGGAGGACGAGGAGGACGAGGAGAGGUACGACCACUUCGGCGGGAGCGGCCCCACCCUGCACAUCCGUCGCCACGACGACCUGGGCGCCUACCUGGACGACGACAUGGAGUCGCAGAGAGACGGCUCCAUCAUCUCCCGGACUGCCGUCUACGUGUAGGGCGGGGAGAGCAGGGGAGGAGCCCGCGCCCCGCCUCUUACACGAGCAGACUCUCAUUUUCCUUUUAAAUUCCCUCCCUCCCCCCCCGCCGACCCCAAAAAAAGGGAGCGACCCAACGAGAGGCGGAUAGAGUGACCAAUGUCUGGAGAACGUGGAAACGCAGGACGUGGUGUCGGAGAGAACGUCAACGUCUCCAAGACACGGAUGAAUAUCGUUCCUCUUGUUUCCAUCAAAAGCUCCAAAAACGAAGAGACUUAAAAACAAUGUUCACCCUCCCGCCAGAAAACAUAAAUAAAUAAAUUUCCAUUGCGUGAUAAAAAACAUAAAUAAUUCCUACCAUCUUCGACAGAAAACUCUUUGCUUCACCACAUAUCAAAGCCACCUCAUAACUGCUGCUCUAAGCUAACCUGCUGGAGACUCAAUUGUUGGGAAUAUUUUAGUAGUGUUUUGUCUGUCUCAUGUUAAAUCAUCAGUGGGUAUUGUGACAAGGGGAUGGGGAAAUAACAAAUCACUGCUUGAUAGCGUGGUGACACAAACAGAGUCGAUCCGGUUUAAUAACCCGCUCUGUGGUUUCUCCGCCUCCUCUGUCUUACAGACUGCAGUAUGGACUGGCCUCUGCCAGUUUUCGGGUCGUGUCUGCCAUGUCCCCCACCCCGCUCACACCCAACGGUUGUGAACUCGUACCUUACCCCCCUCUCAUUUUAUUGCAGUCAGCCCUGAGGUAACAUCCAGGCAGAAACUCAGUGAUGAUUAUGAAGUCUUACAGUGCAUUCCGUGCGCACAUGUAGCGCUUUAGGAGACAUAGACGGUUAUUUAAGUAUACUGUCAACCUCUUCGGAUGUGUUUAGAUUAGCCCUGUACUUUAAUAGGUGUGAAAGUGAAUAAACGAGACCCUGAGACCAGCAGAGUGGCUUCCUUGAGGCCUCCCUCCUUUCGCCCCGGCCUUUUCGUGGGCCUGGUGACAACAGAGAUAAGUAUGCGUGGUCCGCAGGGCCUGCUGUGCACUCGUGUUUUUGUUGGGAGAAGUGCCAGCCACAUGCUGACCGAGCAGGUGAACCUCCCGCUGCUUUUGAUUACUCACCCUUCGCGCAUACAUUAUCUCAGUGUAGGGUCUGGUCGUCACCGAUAUCUUUACGCCUGGUCUCCGGCAUGGAAACAAAGGCAGCCAGUGGAGCGAUAAAGGCCGAGAAGGAGGGUGGGAUUGUCUGAGCCCCGAGCCCUGUGAAACCCCUGACUGAAUUCCCCGGGCACCGAGGCACGUCUGUAUAACCACUCGGGUCUGUGUGUUUGGUGUCCUUUUUAUUAAAGCAGUGCAGUACACGGCGGUUUUUAUUCGGUGUGCCAAGGCGUUGUGCGCGCGGGCCAUUGAAACGACACACAUCACAGCCUUUCAGUGUAACCGUGCGAGAGAAGACGCACCAGGGAGGCAGAGCUCACUCACUCCUCGUUUGUGUGACAAAUAAUCUGGCAAAUCCUGCCAGCAGUAUUAUCCCCUCCUGACUGAAGAGAAGUUCGACUGAAGAUUUUGAAAGGCAAGAAUCUGGGCAGCUAGUCAAGUGUUAAUAAAGAGGGCUCUGGGUCAAAACGCAUUUAUCAUCGACACAGAUCAAAUAUUUUGCUGGCAUGCGAGCAUUAGAGUAUGCCUUGAAGUGGCUUGCGCUUGUGUAAGUCUCGGGCACGGCCGGGCAACUGGCACUCCUUGGAGCUGAGGGCAUUCAUAUCGUGCCAUCGUUCAGACUUUGAACCCACUUCCCACUUCGGUGUGACUACAGUAUAUAUGUGAUGACACAUUGUCAUGGUUGCAGUGCAAUGCAGAACCCAGCUCACAUUAUUUCCUGUGCUGUCUGUGAGAAUGAUGAUCUUUUAAAAUAAACGGUGACUGUUUUCUUCCGUGAAAGGUGUGAGUUGUGUAAAUAUUGGUGUCAGGUGUAUCUACCGUAUACAACAUAUAAAUACUGUCUUUUCAUCGUUUAUCUGUGAGAGAGAGUCUUAAGUGUAAAUACGGUUGUUAUUUUAGGUUUAAUACGAAUGACGGAAAACAAAAAAAUGUAUGUAAGUGGAUGUUGCUGCUUAAGGGACACGCACACACAUAACCUGGAUACAUAUCUGUUUGAAGCACACAUUUAUGUUGACGGGAGCAACUCACUUACAAUGGAGAAAUAACAUUUAACAUUUAAAACAGCGGUUUAAUAUAUGACACUUGCAGUUCACCCCCCACCGUGAUGUUUUCUUCAUGAACCACAUCAGCCACCCUGUUGAGUCACGUGGUCCUGUUGUCAUUCAGCGCUCGAGAAAAUGAAGUAGAAGAGUACUCGCUUAACCUGCUUCACCUAGUUUCUCUGGCCUAAAUUGGGUUGCUUAUUUUAAGAUGACAUCAAAAACCAGCAGACCCUGUUGUUCUCCUGGACACAGACCUGCCCCCACCCGCUGUACAGGAACCUUCUGGAAGAGGACUCAGUCGUCACACUGAAGUACAAACUGUCGGACAGAUCUUUUUCCCGGAAGAAGCGAUUUGUCACUACGUGUAGAACAAUGGAGCCCUGAGACAAUAGAGGCAGCGAGGAAUGCGCCCCCAUCCCUUCCUGUCCCAGCCUCUGCGGUUCCGUGUAAUAGGUUCCCCUUUUUUAAAAAUAAAUUGGCUGAGAGAUCUACAGAUGACGAAACAAAGCCUUAACAUCUGAACCCCAACUGGCUCUAUCUCAUUUCCCCUCCACACAUACUGUAGUUUAGUGUAAAUGUAUAACUGAUAAGCCAUGAAAUUACAUUUCACAUUUUGUUCAUCACUGUUGCUGUGGGCUUUGUGCGUUGCUGUCAAAUGUUUUUUUUUUUUUUUUUCCAGAAAUGGUUUCUUUUUACUGCAGAAUUUCAAUAAUAAUCACUGGCAAAGGCGUUUUAAGAAGUAUGAAAAUUCCCCGACUGGAAGUAGCACAAAAUGCCGGUGUCUUCUCACUGUCCGUAAAACUUUUUUUUCAUACAAUUAUUUAGUUGCAGUUUUAUAUGUUUGUGUCACCUUAUUUUUGUAUUUUGGUUGUAAUUAAACACUCUUUGAUUUCCUAA